AUAGCACGCGGAAAAACAUUUCGUUUUAAGUUUGAUUUCAGUUGAAUAUAUAAAUUAAAAUGGAAGAAAACACACCCACAGUUAGUUUAGUUUCUUGUAUGCAAUUCGUGAGGCGAGGUGUAGCCAAAGCAGUUCCAGAAAAGAUUGAAUUAACAGAAAAGGAACUUGAAACUAUUAUCAAACAAACUGCUGAUGAAUUAAGAAUAACAGAGGCUGGAGAUGAUGUCAGUGAUGAAGAUGAAGUGAGUACACCAUGUGACGCACCAAGAAACCCAAAUGAUGAAUUUGAUUUUGAAAAUUAUGACACAGAAGAUACAAGUAACCCUAUUGGAAUUGGUUCAGUAGCAACUCUACCAAACUUAGGAGACUUGAGUGAUAAUGUUCAAAUAAGGACGGAAGGAGCUGACAGUGACGAGGAAGAUGAUAUUAUAAAAGCAGAUGAUAACCUUCUAUUGGUGGGGCAUGUGGAAAGUGACGCUAGUGUGCUAGAAGUUUACAUUUUCAACAAGGACGAAGGUUCUUUCUAUGUCCACCAUGACAUAAUUUUGCCAUGGUUCCCUCUAUGCAUAGAGUGGCUGAGCCACGAUCCGUCGGAACCACAGCCUGGUAAUCUGUGUGCACUGGGCGGCAUGGACCCUGUGAUACAAGUGUGGGACCUCGACAUAGAGAACUGUUUGGAGCCAGCCUUCAAACUCGGCAGGAAGCCCAAUAAAAAGAAAAAAACUAAACGGGUCGGCCACAAAGACGCAGUAUUGGAUUUGUCUUGGAACAGAAAUUUCACGCAUGUGUUGGCGAGCGGAUCAACAGACAAAACAGUGCUACUUUGGGAUUUAGAUCAGGGAACGCCGCACACAAAAUUAGAUUAUUUUCAAGACAAAGUACAGUCGUUGUCGUUCCACCCGUACGAGGCGCAGACGCUGCUCACGGGCGCGUGCGACGGCCGCGCGCGCGUUACCGACUGCCGGUCGGCGGCGGCGGCGUGCCGCGCGUGGUCAUUACACGGCGAGAUCGAACGAGUGCACUGGGACGCUCAUAGUCCGUUCUGUUUCGCGAUGAGCAAUAAUGUGGGGAAAGUGGCAUAUGUCGACUGCAGGCAGGACGAACCGUUGUGGACUAUAAACGCGCACGAAAAGGAAGUCACAGGUUUGAUACUGAACGAAAAAGUGCCCGGUAUGAUGAUAACAGUCGGCAUGGAUGGGAAACUCAAGACAUGGGAUAUAACAAGUUCUGGCGCGGUGCAGGUGAGCGAGAGCACGAGUCGCGUAGGCGCAGCGCUGUGUGCGGCGCUGUGCCCGGAGGCAGCGUGGUCUGUGGCAGUGGGCGGCGACAACAAGCAGAGCUGCAUACAACUGGUGGAACUCGACCAGGUAGAACAAGUUAUGAACAAAUUUGGAUCUCGACCGCUUGUAGCAGUGAAAACAGAGCCGAGUGCUAUGGAUACAUAGCAAUAAUAUAUUAUUAUUUAACAUUAAAAGAUUAUGAUUACUGU